AUGUCGGGAGCGAAACAGAGACAGGAAGACGGACACAGCAAGACAUACACACACGAAGAUCGGACUGCACAGCGGGGUAGGGAGACCGUCAAGGGACAGAAGACAGGAGGUAGGGAAAAGGUGAUAGACACGCUCGUGGGGUGCACCAAAAGGAGGCUUUUCAGCGUCUGGGGCGUCGCAAACAAAAUCAGGCCCGUUGGAUCUGUCCUGGAAAAUUCGCAAGAUGGCAAAACGGACCAAAAGGGACACUUCAUCGGAGGCAGCAGACAAUGCAAGCGGGGAAAGCAGAGACAUGGACAACGAGGCAGGCAAUGGCAACGAGAAAAGCAGGAGGCUGAAGCGCGGGAGAGACCCAUUCAGAGACAGGAUCAGACAGGGGCGGCAGGAGGCAAGAAGGGGGGCUUCGAGACAGACACUGUCAGCCGGAAGCGACAGCAUGACAGGAGGAGAAGAAAAAGCAAGGCCCCGACUGGAAAAUACACAGCGUCAGACAGACGCAGAGAGGACAGAAGAAGGGGGGAGACAAGACAGGAGGAGGCAGGAGGUGAGACACAUAGGAGAGAGGUACACGAGACAGAAAAGGACGGCAAACACAGAAGGGAAGUAGGGACGCAAAGAGAAAAGGCCAGAGGGACAGUAGAGGGCGUAAAGGAGAGCCUCCCCCUUGAGAAUGGGACAGGAAAUGCCAGGGACAGACGAGACGGGUGA